AUGACAUCAUACUUGGUCCUUGGAUGCUUGCAUGGUCGAUGGACUGAUCAGCAUUCAUCCACCAUGGUCAACAGUUCAUUGGUCUCUUUACCGCUCGAUCUUCUACUUGACUCUCUUUUUCCUUAUCUUUCAACCAAAGACUUGCUUUCUCUAGCUGCAACAUGCAAGCCUUUCGAAAGGCUCAUUCAAUCUACUGAGACCAUUUGGAGAGCUAGAGUUGAAGCCGAAUAUCGUUUCCCAGUUACAGCAACAGGUCGAGUAGAUGGAUUUAAAACAUUAUAUCGAAAGCUUUCUAAACCUCAGGUAUGGAUAUGGGGUCAAUCUAGAAAUUCGAGAUUAGGAUUAGAUGGAGCAGAAGAUUUAUUAGAGAAAGCUAAGAUUGGGUAUGAUCAAGUUCCUACUCCACUUAGACUUGAAGUAGUCGAAUCAAAAGCUUUGAUCGAUCUUCAGGCUGGUGGUUGGAGCUUUCAUGGUCUUACUUUAGAUGGUCAUAUUUGGUGUUGGGGCACUAUGGAUGGUUCAUUUUCAGGUUGGAACGUCCCUUGGAACACAGCCGUUCAUGGUGCUGGCGAAUCCAGGCCUCAGCCCGCACUUCUAGAGAUCAAAGGAAACUCUACGUUUAAGUCUAUUUCAUGUGGAAGACAACACGCCUUAGCACUCACCGAUGAUGGUCAACUUUACGAAUGGUACUCUUGGAUACGUAUCUCAAGACUGAUUUCAACCCCAUGGAAAACUUUAAGUCAGAUUUCUGCCGGAUGGAACUUUUCGGCUGCAUUAAGCCAUUCGGGUGAAGUUUAUGUUUGGAAAAAAGCUCUGAUAGGAGAAGUACAGGAUAGUUUGAAAGAAAUAAGUGAAGAUAAGGCAGAUGAAAUGAUUGUGUUUGAUUUGGAGACUACUGAUAGGUUUGUUCGAUGUCCAAGGUUACCGGAACAUAUUGUCAAAAUUGCUACCGGUGAAGACUUCAUUAUCUGCUUGACCGACACGGGAAAAGUUUACAAACUCGACCUUUCUCUUCCCAACCGGGCUACUCUCCCACCUCACCUCCAACAAGACCCUACGAUUUCUGAUGAAGAACGUUUCAGAAGCGGCAUGCAUGCCUCCUUCCUUGAUCAGAGUAGGAAAUGGAUAUACCUUCCUAACUUUUGUGAGCCAGAACUACUCAAUGGCGCUUUGUCAACGGCGUUACCGAACCAUAGUCCGAAUCCGAAAAAUGAUCCACGAAUCACCCAUAUCUCGGCUCAAUUUCGAUUCUUUCGUGUUUUAGGAAAGAAGGACUCGGGUGUUGAUGAUGAACCUGAAGUGAUUCCGGAGCUUCAAAAGCGAGGAGUGAUCCAAAUCUCCCUUGGUGAUCAUCACUUCUUAGCACUCUUGUCCAAUGGACAACUUUUGAGUUGGGGAAGUUAUUCAGCUGGAGCCCUUGGAUUAGGACAUCCAAGACAACCUCACCAAGCUCUUUUCUCGGAGAAUUCCGAGUUGGAAAUAUAUGAUCAGCCUGAUAAACCCACUCCCACUUUACUUCAAAGUUUUUCUGGAAGUGAUGGCAAAUGGGCAAAGGAUGAUACAGGGAUGAAGCGUAGGUAUGUGUUUGCUGCAACAGCAGCUGGAUGGCAUUCAGGAUGCUUAGCCUUUGGAAUAGACGAUGAUGAAGAUAAAGAUCUUGGAUUAGGAGUGAUUGAUAAAGAUAAAAAUAAAAGUAACGAGGAAACAGAGUCGACCAGGCGACCUAUUUUAAAUCCUAAUGGAAGGGUUAGAUUUAGGAUUGGAUAUCCUGGUCGGUUUAUGAGAGGUCCUGGAAGAGGAAGAGGUGGAGUAGAUCAUUAUGGUCAAGGAUCUUCACAAGGCUUUGAACAUGACGAUUUUGGGCCUGAGUGA